UACUGACAGCACAGAUGUUGUGUUGAUAACGAGUUGCAUUUUCAUUCGCUUUUUGUACACCAAUUUUGCAUUUACAGUUUUCCUAACUAAGUUUAAAAAAUUAUUACCCUUCUUCAAUCAAUUCGUGGCCUUUCAAAGUUAGGGAGCAAUUCUUAUUCGAGUAACCAUGACGGUGAUAUCUCUUAUCUCAUCUUCCAAAUGCUUUGGUGGAUUACAAAAGAUAUACUCGCACCAAUCGAAGGAACUGGCGUGCGAAAUGAAAUUUGCCGUGUUCCUUCCUGCAGCUGCCGAUGAACGCCGUCUCCCGGUGCUUUACUGGCUAUCGGGACUAACGUGCAACGAAACCAACUUCAUCCAGAAAGCCGGUGCGCAACGUUACGCUACCGAAAACAAUCUAAUCAUUGUCUGUCCGGAUACAUCGCCGCGCAAUGUUAACAUUCCGGGAGAGGAUGAUUCGUGGGAUUUCGGUUCCGGUGCCGGAUUCUAUAUCGAUGCUACGAAGGAUCCAUGGAGCAAGCACUAUCGCAUGUUUAGCUACGUUACGCAGGAGCUGAUCGAUGUGGUUAACAACAACUUCCCAACGGUGGUGAACAAAAUGAGUAUCGCUGGUCACAGCAUGGGUGGACAUGGUGCGUUGAUUUGUGCACUCAAGAACCCCGGCCUGUACAAAUCCGUGUCGGCAUUCGCUGCCAUUAGCAAUCCUACCAAGUGUCCCUGGGGUCAGAAAAUUUUCAGUGGGUACAUUGGAGCAGAAAAGGAAGAGGAGUGGAAAAAUUGGGACGCUACCGAGCUAGUUGCUAGCUACAAUGGUCCCCCGUUGGAAUUGUACCUGGAUCAGGGAUCGGAAGACAGCUUCCUGAAGGAUGGGCAGCUUAAUCCUCAAAAUCUGGUCGAUGCGUGCCGUGCAGCACAGGUGCCGUGUGUUUUAAACAUGCGCGAAGGGUACGAUCACAGCUACUUCUACGUUGCUUCCUUCAUCGGAGAGCAUAUCGCUUACCAUGCGCGACAUCUGCAAUAGGAGCGUUUUUGGGGGUGUUUAUACACGUGUGUGUUUGCAUGCAGUCAAAAUCAAUCAGAUUGAUGAAGCAAUAAAUGUUUGAAUUUUA